AAUAUAAAUAUUAUCGUAGUUGAUGUUUAGCAUGUCUCUCUAAUAAUUUGAAAUGCGUUCUAACCAAUUUAUAUUAUGACAUUUCAUGUCUGAAGCAUUAAAAAAUCUCUCCUGGUGCAGGUGGGGGAAGUGCACUGUUUGUUCACACGCGCUUCCUCUCACGCUUACUAAUAGAAUCAUCACCUGCUUGAGCUCCCACUCCGACGAGAGGGAGAAAGAAAGCAAGAGAGAGAAAGAUGGUGUAGCGCCGGUUGAUAUGGAAGGCGGAGAAGGGCGGCGCAUGCUAAGAUGCGCUGGGGGUGAGCUGGAUAAGCAUGCAAGCAUGAACCGGAACAUGCUCAGAUUCCGGCCGAUUGCACCGAAACCGGUGGCCAACGGAGCCGGAGAGGUUGGUAACAAAAACUCGGGUUUGAGUGUUUUGACAAAUGCAAGAAGAAAGAGAAAGUACGUCAGGAUUUCCAAGAAUAAAGUAUGUAGGGCGAAGGAUAAGGAUCCUAAGCGCGUGGUGACGACGCUGCAGCUCUUGCCGGAGAAGAACGAUACAGAGAGCUCAUCGGACAGUGGAUCCCGGCGUCCUUUAGAUCCUACGGUGACGGACAGUAAUAACGAUAGAAAUAAUCAAAAUAGUUAUCCUGCUGGAAAAGAAGAUGAGGGCUUACGCCUAGGAAUUCCCAUGUGGUUGAGGAAUUACAUGGGUGGUGGAGGAGGAUCAGAUCCGACGGUGGGGAUGCGGCAGAUGGAGGCGGUGGAGUCUUGGGUGACGGUGGAGUGCGUGACAGGCACAUGCAUGAAUGCGCACGGUACGUUUGGAAGUGUUAGGAGUAGGGACGUGGAGGGGCUGAGGAGUGAUCUGGAGAGGGACACGUGUCCGGGGUUUAUAUCGGACGGUCAGAACAGGGUGCAGUGGCUGAACGAGGCUUUUAAGAAGAUGCUGAGCCAGCAGAAGUGUGCGGCGGAGAUAGCGGUGUUGUUGGUGGUGAAAGAGAAGCUGCCGUAUGCGGAUGCUUUAGCGUUAACGUGCCAAGUAAAGCUGCAGUACACGGUGGGUAAGGAGAGGUGCUCUCGAAUUGUGCCUUGUGAUUUGUGGAGAAUGGACGGUGGAGGAUUUGCAUGGAGGCUCGACGUCAAGGCUGCUCUAACUCUAGGUCGUUGAUUUGAAGCCGUUUAAAAUUUAUAUGGAUUAUCAGUAGAUGGAAUGGAAGGCUGAAGAUCUCAGGUAAAUAAAGAGGAAACUCGACUGCCCUAUUCAUUCCGUCCUGUCUAGUAAUGCCACCUUUAGUCACAGUCAUCUACAUCUAACCCUUUAAAUUAAUUGGAUCCAUCCAUGAAUAACCAUCUGGCUGGUUGUCUUGGAUAUUCUUAGCCAGGAACAUGAUGUUUAUACCAAAAACAAAUUAAAAAACACAUUUAUAUACCAAUAGGAGGAAAAACGAAGCGAUUAACAAAAUAUAUAUGCACAUAUAUAUAUAUAUAUAUCUGAAAAUAUCAUCUCUAAUUAAUCAUGGGAAAUUCAAUUAGUAUAAAUUGAACUUUUGAACCCUAGCUAGAUGUAUGAUUUAUUGUCAAUACUUGAAAAAAUAGUUUAUAUAUAUGCACAUAUAUAAGAGGAAUAACUCCUGUUCCUAGUUUUGCAUUUAACAGAAGUAAUAAGAAACUAGUGUUGCGUAAUAAACCUAAUUGGGAGGAGUACAUAUACUGUUAUACAAAUAAGAGACUGACAUGAAACGGGGCAUAAAAAAUGUGGUAGUCACGUACGCGUAUCUAUGUAAUUUAAAAUUUCCACAUAAGAUUGUGUAAUUAAUCUGAAACAUGCAUCGACAAUCUAAGGAUCUCGUUUCCAGUAAGUUAUUCUUUACAUAAAAGUUGUAUUAGAUGGUGAGUAUACUAUCAUUUUUUUCAUCGGGAUACAAAUUAUUCCUCAUAAAAUUCUAUUCUUUUUUCUCAUUGUUGUUUUUUUUUAACUCUUUUUUCUUUUUCUUUUUUGUUUUGUUUUGUUUUUUUUUUGUUUUGUUUGGGGGGCGGGGGAUUGGCUGGGUGUUAUAAAAAUAGAAUUUCCCCAUUCAAGAUCAAAUCCCCAUUCGUUUGCUGAUGGGAAAUGAAGAACUUACGUUGGUGUCAUUAAACUAACCCCAGUUAUUAUGAUCUUUGAGGGACUUUUUUGGGUGCUUCAGAGUAUCCGAAUUUCAGAUAUUUUAACCGUUAAAUUUUACGAUUAAAAUAUUUGAAAUACUGGGUACUUUGGAACACUCAAUUUUUUUUGUUCUUUUGGUCUGAUAAGUACUUAACUUAUGAAGAAAAAUAUAGUGUUGCAUGUGAUUACUAUAAAAAGAAGGGUAACAACUACCUUGCAAUAUUAUUACUCAUUUGAACUUCCCAUCUUCCGCUUGUUGUUUUAUCUGAUAAUUAAAUCAGUCUUUUCAUUCAUCACUUUAUAUUACAUGCAUGCAUGCCCUGUUCAGGUGAAAUAAUUGGUUCAAAAGAAAAAGGCCGAAAUAUAUGGAGUCGUGGAACCAGCAGGAAGGAAAAACAUAGAUAAUAUAAAUGUUAAAAUAUUUUUACGUAUACUGUAUACUUGAUGUGAUCUCAAUUAUAUAGUUUUAAAAGCGCCAAAGGUUGAGAAAAGGACAUCAUAUCAGCUAAAACUGUAUAAGAUAGAUAGAUAGAGUGGACUACCAACAAUAUAUCUACUUUAGUUACUUAACAUAAUUAGCAGACAUACAUACAUACAUACAUACAUACAUACAUACAUAUAUAUAUAUAUAUAGACAAACUUUGAAAGUAAGGAGAUGGAAGCGAAACUGCUCGAAUGAAGGUUCUAGUGAGGAGGGAAGCGAAGCUGCUCGAUGACAAUGGAUCGAAAGAGAGUAGACGACCGACUCGUGCUUUGAUCUUUUCUGAGGAGGUAGCUAGCAUCUCUGGAUCUCUGAAGAAGAGUUGAACAGUAGUCUUGAAAGUGUACAUACUAGUAAGCUCGAAGCAACAGCGAUGACAUCAUAUAUAUAUAUAUAUAUAUAUAUAUAUCUCUGAUAGAGAAGUGGAGUACGAACUCUUGAUUUAGCAGUAAAGCAGCUGCUGAUGAAAUCCUCAAAGGUUUGAGUACGUACAUGUAGAGAAGAGACUAUACUUAAUAAUGCAGUAAUGCAUGAAGCUAGCAAGCUAUGAAAAAACCCGCUGGUAUGUUUAUAUAUAUUUUUCUUAUGCAGUAAUGCACACCUUCAUAUCAUCAGAGAUUGAUAGCUGUCCAAUAAUAUAUAUAUUGCCUGUC